GCCACACUACGUUAUAGUACAGGCUCAAUGCACGAAUGAUGUUCUUGUAGCCAUAGCAAAGUUAACAUCGAUUAGUGCCUGCUCAAGACGGGUAGAGGCAUGAACCUUGGCCACAUGUGCACUAUCGAUAAACCAGCGGAGAUGCAAAAAAUGAGAGCAGCCAUGGGAUAUCCGAUUAGCACGAUGAUGGCAGACUUCUCUAGAGAAUGAGAAGAGGUCAUGAGGUCAGAAAGCAAUGGGAAGCAAAUAGCCUUACCCGAGGACCUCAAGCCAAACCCGUAGGAAAAACCCCACGACUUGCCGUUUCCGGUGAGAGAGAAUUAUUGUCCCGUUCCGAUGAAAUUCAAGCCCAGACAUACCUAGCCAACCCAAACUUGUCUCAAGCCCGCAUCGUAUAUUUAAAGGAUUGCAGCUUGCCAUUAAACAGUCAAUAUUCCCUUCUUUUUCUGCUUUAUACCAUGUACAAAUCUUAUAACCGACAACCUAAUGUCAAGCUGGUCAACGCUGAUCCAGCUCAGAUCUACAGCAACAUGAGCCCCACUCCGAUCUGCAUGGGUGGUCAAGCAACUAUCCAUACCUGCCGACACCCUUCAACUGGCAGAAGAAUGGCUGUCAAGCGUAUCUGCCUACCCCGAUCACUGAGCGAAAAGCAAAAGACAAGGCAGAUGGCCAUCAAUGAAGCAGCCGCACUGGCCAGUUGCAAAUGUGCAUCAGUGGUACGGCUAGCUGAUUCAAAUAUUUACGAAGCCUACGAUUCAGUGUUCAUUAUUAUGGAAUAUGUAUCCGGCCGCACCUUAUACGAAGCCUUGAUCCGACAUAGAAGACCAUUUGAAGAGCCAGAGAUUGUGAAGAUCCUCAAGGACGUUGUAGAUGCUCUGAUGGAAGUCCAUGAUCACGAUAUGGCCCACUGUGAUAUCAAAUCCGAUAACAUUAUAUUAGGAGACGAUGGAACUGCUCGUCUAAUUGAUUUUGGCUUUGUUUCCAUGGCCAACUCGGAAAAAGACGCCUCACCACAUGGACAAUAUCAGUAUUGGGCUCCAGAGGUAGCUGCUCAUCUUGAUACAAUGCACAUGCCCUCCCGGGACAUAUGGGCUCUAGGAAUCAUGACCCUGGAGAUGCUACAGCAAGGCCAACUCAGCUCCGGGGCUAUGGAUUCCUGGGAGUACAUGCAACAUUUAGCAACCAACCCUAUCCCCAGUAUCCCAUCCUACUCAUCACCCGCAUUGAGAAACUUUAUAGAGCGAUGUCUCGACGUCGAUCCCGACACGCGAGCAACCGCUUCAGAACUUCACCGUCAUUCCAUAUUUGAAGAGCAGUCUUCCUAUGAAUCGCCUACUGAUUCAGACUAAGCAAACAACGAGAAAUUCUUUUGUUUGCAUUGAUACCCUUCCUCACCCCAACCAUAUCCUAAUCUCAAGCUUGUACUAUAGUGCCAUUGUACAUUUUUUUUCUUUUAAUCUUCCACAUCAUUUUAAAUACAAACCUCACAUUAAUUCCAAUAAGC